GUAUUCACGGUGAAGGAUGCACACACACAGUCUGUGCAGGCGAGGACGGCACCUCAUCUUUGGAGAUUGUGACGAUGCAGAUUUAGCAAGAGCUGGUGUCUGUGUGAUGUGAUGAGAGAGUGAGGACUAGGACUGAGAGUGAACCUGAGGUUUGGCCAUGUCUGAGUUCAGGUCCAGAGUGCGCUGUCGGAGAGCAGGUGUCCGUGCUGCUGUCGCUCUCAUCGGACUCCUCCACCGUUCACGCAAGCGGUGUGAGAGACGGAGACUGACGGAGACAGACGGCCAGUGGAAGCAGGAGUUGCUGACCAUCUCCAAUGUACCCCUGGCAGAUUGCCCUCCCUCUCCCCCAAGAACCGCCCCUCCCACCAUGAAGUCUACUCAGUUUUUUGACAUGUUGGACAAGAUGGAGGAUGGUUACAUUCCAUACCCACGGAUAGAGGAGGUGUUACAGCAGGGUGAGCCAUACCCUCAGGUCAUCCUGCCUCCGUUCGGGGGUUACUGGAUAGAAGAUGCUGAUGCCUCUGCUGCCAUCCCUAGCUGGGAGAAUGGCUUCUGUGAUGAGGAGGAUGGAGAAGGAAGCAUUUCAGGACAGUUUGGCUACAGACUGGAGAGUAAUUAUGCCAUUCGCGCGUAUCGCAAGCAUUUUCUGGGCAGGGAACAUCUGAACUUCUACUGCACGGCAAGUAACCAUGGCAACCUUGUACUGUCCCUCAGACACGAGGAGGUGAAGGAGCAAGAGUACCUGCAGAUCAUUCUCAGGACUCCAUCAAGGACAAUCUAUGACAAGAUCUCUUUGGCAGGCUUGACUGAGCUCCCCAGUGUCCCUCAGUUAGCAAAGAUACUAUGUGAAGACAUUGUAGGUCUGAGAUUUAGUCCUGUGCUGUACCCAAAGGGCUCUCAAUUAAUAGUGAAUUAUGAUGAGCAUGAGUUAAACAACACAUUUAAGUUUGGUGUCAUCUACCAAAAGUUUGGGCAGACCUCGGAGGUGGAGCUGUUUGGGAACAGUGAAGAAACUCCAGCAUUUACAGAGUUCCUCAGAAUGCUGGGAGACUGUGUAGAGUUGCAGGACUUUAAAGGCUUUCGAGGUGGUUUAGAUGUGUCUCACGGUCAGACAGGGUCUCAGUCGGUCUACACUGUGUUCAGAGGACAGGAACUCAUGUUUCACAUCUCCACCAAACUACCCUAUACUGAGGGAGACAUACAGCAGGUCCAAAGGAAGCGUCACAUUGGGAAUGACAUUGUGGCUGCAGUUUUUCAAGAGGAUCCCACACCUUUUGUGCCUGACAUGAUCGCUUCCAACUUCCUCCAUGCCUUUAUUCUAGUUCAAGUGGAAAACCCUGGAACAGAUGACACCACAUACAAGGUGUCUGUCACAGCCCGUGAAGAUGUGCCACAGUUCGGCCCUCCUCUUCCCAGUCCACCCAUCUUCAAAAAGGGUUCUGUAUUAAGAGAGUUUCUGCUGACCAAGCUCAUCAAUGCAGAGCUGGCAUGCUACAGGUCAAGCCGAUUUGCCAAGCUUGAGGAGAGGACACGGACAGAACUGCUAGAUAACCUUCAUAAUGAGUUACACAAGCGCACACAGGCAAUGCUGGGUCAUCCCCUCAGUGCAGAUGAAGAGAGGAUGGAGAACGGAGGACAUGGAGGAAUACUGGAGUCAAUUAAGCGGGCGAUGCGCGUGCGCAGUCACUCUAUGGAGGCGAUGGUGGGCUCGCAGAAACACGGCCGCUGCUCUCCGGCGGGAGGAGGAGGCGUACCCACCAGCCUGAGCGGGGUCGGCCUGACACACAGCAACACUGAGGCUGCCAAGAACUCUUCUCCAGUGACAUCGAGUGCGUCUCCUCUGAAAAGCCCAGUGAAGAGACGCUCAGGUCUGUUCCCGCGGCUGCACACAAGUAUGGACGGACAGCCAGAGCGCCACACACGCAGUGUCCUAAUUGAUCAAAGAAGUCUAGACAGUGGUCAUCUCUCACAGGAAGUGAGAUCAGAGACGUCGUCCAAUCCUAGCUCUCCAGAGAUCAUAAGCAAUGAGAGGCCAUCUCUCAAGCGGAAGGAGGUCAGUGGAAGACCAGAUAUCUCUCGAUCCUCCUCCAGCACCAGCAGCUUCAGCAGUGCUGCCGGUGACCCAGAGACACUGGAGGAGAAAGAGCCUAGCAGCCUCCAGAUUUCUCCUAGUCUCUCACCAGUCUUUGGCUCUCUGAGCACAGAGGGGCAGGGCGCAGGAACGCCAGUGAUUAUGUGCCGCAGUCCAACAGAUUUUAGGAAUAAGAUCUCACCCAGAUCCAAUCUGAAGUUCCGCUUUGACAGAUUGAGCCAGUCUGCUGCAGUAAGACUUUGUCCUUUUAUGACUUGUUCUUUCAUUCUCUGUCAUUCUCUGUAGUGUUUGUUUGGUUUUUUUUAGUCAUUUGGUUAAGUGUAUGUGUGUGUGUUUUAAGGAGGGUAACCACUCAAUGGUAACUUUAAACUUUCUUUUCACAGGGACAUUAGCAAAGGGAAUGUCAAAGAUGAUCAGAACCAU